AUGCAUCUUUCGCAGCGAAUGCAGGGUCCGAAUCCCCCGCACUUCACCUUGGACAAGCAAAUGCGGUGUUUACGCCUCCGGUCCAGAGAUCCGGGGAUCGUUGUCCUGGACCCGGGAAUUACUGCAUACACACCCAGCCGUCUGUUACUGGGAACCAGUGUCCGGGCUAUUGAUCACUGUGUGGAGACAGCAUACUCGCUGCAAUCUAAUGAAACGGGCGACCGUGCCGCUGUCGCAGGAUUGAAAUUGUUGGUCCCCGCGCUUUUGAAAUAUAAACGGGACCCGAGCGAUUUCGGCGCCAUCGGUCACCAGCUCGGGCCACUGGGCGUGUCUCAUGGAGAGACAAGUUGCAUUCUGCUUCCUGCAGCUUGUGUGUUCAAUGCCUCCGGAGCCGCUAAUGUCCAGCGACAACAGCGUCUGGCUCGGGAGUUGCUUUCGUACCCUGAACUCACGGACCUCGCGCAGGACGGAAAGGAAAGCCUUGCGGAGCUCCUGGAAUUACUAAUCCGAGCGAUGGAGCUUCCCCGGACCCUGAAAGAGCUGGAAAUUGGGCGUGAUGUGUUCGACUUGGACGCCGAGUACACUCUCUCGGAUAUGUGUGCCAAAACGAAUCCCGUUCUCUUGGGUCGUAAGAAAAACGUUCUUGAGAUCCUUGAAAUGGUUGCCGAAUAA